AUGAACUCCAGCCACAGCUUCAGCCAGAGCUCCCUGGCCUCCCCCCAUGGCUCUGGAGGGGGACGGAGUUGGCCAAGAAGCUUCCCCAGGGCUCCCAGCGUUCAUGGCGGUGCAGGCGGCAUGCGUGUCUCCUUUUCCUUCACCCCGCCCAACCGCCAGCCCCCGGGAGGGUCUUUGGGGUCCGGAAAAGGCAGUUCCCUCCUGGGCGGAAAUGGAAAGGAGACCAUGCAGAACCUCAAUGACCGUCUGGCAUCCUACCUGGAAAAGGUGCGCGCCCUGGAGGAGGCCAACACGCAGCUUGAAAGUCGCAUCCUGGAAUGGCAUCAGCAGAGAGAACCGGGCAGUAAGAGAGAUUACACCCAGUAUGAGGAAAGCAUCAGCCACCUGCAGGAACAGAUCGUGGAUGGUAAGAUGACCAACGCUCAGAUUGUUGUCCUCAUUGACAAUGCCAGGAUGGCUGUGGAUGACUUCAGCCUCAAGUAUGAAAAUGAACACUCCUUUAAGAAAGACUUGGAAAUCGAAGUUGAAGGCCUUCGAAAGACCUUGGAUAAUUUGACCAUUGUCACAACAGACCUGGAACAGGAAGUGGAAGGGAUGAGGAAAGAGCUUAUCCUCAUGAAGAAGCGCCAUGAGCAGGAAAUGGAGGAGCAUCAAUUGCCACAUGACUUCAAGGUCAAUGUAAGAGUGGAUGCAACACCAGGAGAAGAUCUAAUGAAGGUGCUGGAAGAUAUGAGGCAGGAAUAUGAAUUUAUAAUAAAGAAGAAGCAUCAAGAGUUGGACACUUGGUUUAAAGAACAGUCAGCAGCCAUGUCCCAGGAGGUGGCCAGUCCAGCAGCUGUGCAGAGCAGCCAGAAUGACCUCCACGAGCUGAGACGCACUCUCCAGGCACUAGAGAUUGACCUGCAGGCACAGCACAAUCGGAAAUCUGCUUUGGAAAACAUGUUGUCGGAGACCCAGUCCCGGUACACCUGCCAGCUGCAGGACAUGCAGCAGGUCAUCUCCCACUAUGAGGAGGAGCUGAUGCAGCUGCGCCAUGAUCUGGAGCGCCAGAACAAUGAGUACAAGGUGCUCCUGGGCAUUAAAACCCACCUGGAGAAGGAAAUCGCCACCUACCGCCAGCUCCUGGAGGGAGACAGUGAAGGGGCAAUGGAAGAAUCCGAGUCAAGUGUGAAAGCAGCUGUAGCUUCAAAGAUCAAGGCCAUCACACAGGAGAUGGUCAAUGGAAGACUAGUUCAUUCUCAAGUGAACGAGAUCCAGAAGAAUACAUAAAGCCAUAGCUUCUGCCUGUGGUUAAAGACUGUUCUUCCCCAAUGGAAAGUUUUUGCCCAGACACUUACUUGGUGGGUGAGUUCUGAAUGGUACCCAUGGAGUUUGCUUUUCCCUGUAACUCCCACCAGACUUCCCCCAAAAAAGCUCGAUGUACUGUUGCACUUUUUUGAAUCAACGUGUGAAAUUUAUGAGUUGAAAGCUCUACUUUUCUACAACAAUCUUGAGAUUCUUAUCAUGAUGUGUAUUUUGUAGCCAAUAAAACUCCACACC